GAAACGGACUAGAUUGACCACCCACCCACAUCUUUCCACCUCGGAAAUCCGAGUGCAGCUGGCACAGGGCUAAACUCACGGCAUGCUUGGCAGGCUGCAUGGGUCAUAUAAGCAGAGGGGGAUACCUUUCUCGCCUCUUCCUUUCCCUACCUAUCCCCUUUACAGUCAUCCCAGAACAGCUUUUAUUCCGCAAAGAAAAUAGAGGUUUAACAGCCAGACUGUAAAUUUCAAGACUCUUUCCUGUACAAUAGGCUUCAGCAAACCCUCCACAAUGCAGUCCAAGGUGGCCACCAUUCUCCUGGCUGCCGGCACCGUCGCCGCUCUCGGUAUCCGCAACGAUCCCACGGCCCACGGGGUCGGCGCUAUGGGGACUGAGAUGGGCCCGGUUGCUUUCCUGUGGCCUGCCGACCGCCCGUGGUCCGCCGAAGCAGACAACACUGAGCCUUGCGGAAGCACCCAGGGUGUCGGAAACCGGACCCCUUUCCCACUCUCCGCUGGUGCCAUCUCCCUCUCCAUCGCUGCCGACGCUUACGAUGUGGAGUUUACCAUGUCCUAUGCCAAAGACCCCAAGAGCAAUAGUGACUUUACCCAACAGGCGAUCCCAUCUUCAAUUGACAAGAUCGUAUCCGGUCACCAGUGCUACAAGCUGAACGCCCCACCAAGUACCGUCAAGGCUGGCGACGAUGCCACCAUCCAGCUCAAGUACCGGUCCAAAUUCUCUGGUGAGAACAACGGCGACGACCAGACAUUUUAUGCAUGUGCCGACAUUCAAUACGUCGAAACAAGCCUCUUCAAGACGGCCAUCCCCUGCUUCAACGUGACCUCGGACGAGUUCGCCGCCCCGGAGACGACCACCACCCCCGUCUCCCCCGAAACCAACAACUCGCAGUCCCCAGCUGGUCUGACAACCGGCGCCAUUGCCGGUAUCACCGUCGGCACAAUCGUCGGCUCGCUGGCUGUCGUUGGUCUGGUCGCCUUCCUCGUCUUCAGGAAGCGUCGUGCUGGUGCCGCCCGCAACACCGAGUCCGUCCUGCCCGUUUCCAAGGACAACGUGGAGACAGCGUCGGUCUCUUCGACGCUUCGUCGCUAGGUUAUGUAGAGCUUGUGUGAAUGGUGGGUAUGGGUGAGUCGAUAGGAAUUUGGAGUGGCAUGAUUUAUGAAGAUGUUUUUGGGCUUUUGUUUUUUGUUUCUUUUUUUCAAUAUUCCACAUUUUCUCGGGACAGUGACAAUGCAGGAGAGAACGUGUCAGUCAGGUAGUGAGAACAAAACAUUUUCAGAUAGCUUUGUCCCAUAACGUCAAAUCUCAAUUCGCU